AGAUGCAGUGCCCGACUUGAUGCCACCCUCCAGCUUCUCUGGUAAGUGCACCCACCUCCUGGGAUGGCUGCGGCCACUACUCCAAAGCAAGCCUGGCCCCCGUGGCCCCCCAUCUUUCUCCUGCUCCUCCUGUCUGCGGGGAGCAGCGGCGGCUGCCCUGCUGUGUGUGACUGCACCUCCCAACCCCGGGCAGUGCUCUGUGCCCACCGGCGACUGGAGGCUGUACCAGGGGGACUCCCGCUGGACACCGAGCUCCUGGACCUGAGUGGGAACCGCCUAUGGGGGCUUCAGCGGGGAAUGCUCUCCCGCCUGGGCCUGCUCCGGGAACUGGACCUCAGCUACAACCAGCUGUCCACCCUCGAGCCAGGGGCCUUCCAUGGUCUACAGAGCCUGCUCACCCUGAAGCUGCAGGGCAACCGUCUGCGAAUCAUGGGCCCCAGGGUCUUCUCAGGCCUAUCUUCCCUCACGCUGCUGGACAUUCGCCUCAACCAGAUUGUCCUCUUCCUCGAUGGAGCUUUCGGGGAGCUAGGCAGCCUCCAGCAGCUGGAGGUUGGGGACAACCACCUGGUGUUUGUGGCUCCGGGAGCCUUUGCUGGACUGGCCAAGCUGGGCACCCUCACCCUGGAGCGCUGCAACCUCAGCACGGUGCCUGGCCCGGCCCUGGCCCGCCUCCCAGCGCUAAGCGUCCUAAGGCUCCGAGAAUUAGAUAUCGGGAGGCUGCCAGGAGGGUCGCUGCAAGGGCUGGGGCAGCUAAAGGAGCUGGAGAUCCAUCACUGGCCACCUCUGGAGGCUCUGGAGCCUGGGAGCCUGACUGGGCUCAAUCUCAGCAGCUUGGCCAUCACCCGCUGCAAUCUGAGCUCGGUGCCCUUCCAAGCGCUGAACCACCUGAGCUUCCUCAGGGUCCUGGAUCUGUCUCAGAACCCCAUCUCUGCCAUCCCGGCCCGGAGGCUCAGCCCCCUGGUGCGGCUCCAGGAGCUCCGACUGUCAGGGGCAUGCCUCACCUCCAUCGCUGCCCACGCCUUCCAUGGUUUGACUGCCUUCCACCUCCUAGACGUGGCGGAUAACGCCCUUCAGACACUGGAGGAAACAGCCUUCCCUUCUCCAGACAAACUGGUCACCCUGAGGCUGUCUGGUAACCCCCUGACCUGUGACUGCCGCCUCGUCUGGCUGCUCCGGCUCCGCCGCCGCCUGGACUUUGGCACGUCCCCCCCUGCCUGUGCCGGCCCCCAGCACGUCCAGGGGAAGAGCCUGAGGGAGUUUUCAGACAUCCUACCUCCAGGGCACUUCACUUGCCAACCAGCCCUGAUCCGAAAGUCCGGGCCACGAUGGGUCAUUGCAGAGGAGGGGGGGCAUGCCGUUUUCUCCUGCUCUGGAGAUGGAGACCCAGCCCCCAUCGUUUCCUGGAUGAGGCCUCAGGGGCCUUGGCUGGGAAGGGCCGGGAGAGUAAGGGUCCUGGAGGAUGGGACACUGGAGAUUCGCUCCGUGCAGCUACGGGAUAGAGGGGCCUAUGUCUGUGUGGUCAGCAAUGUAGCUGGGAAUGACUCCCUGAGGACCUGGCUGGAAGUAAUCCAAGUUGAACCACCAAAUAGCACUCUCUCUGACCCCAACAUCACCAUGCCAGGGAUCCCAGGGCCUUUCUUCCUGGAUAGCAGAGGCAUAGCUAUGGUGCUGGCAGUCGGCUUCCUCCCCUUCCUCACCUCAGUAACCCUGUGCUUUGGCCUCAUUGCCCUCUGGAGCAAAGGCAAAGGCCGGGUCAAACAUCACAUGACCUUUGAGUUUGUGGCACCCCGAACCUCUGGGGAUAAGAACUCUGGGGGUAACCGGGUCACUGCCAAGCUCUUCUGA